AUGGCAGGGCUGCUUAGUUUGGGGAAAACUCUUCUUGCCCCUCCAGCGCGUGUACUGUCUCAGUACCCUGCUCACUGGGACCCGCCAUUUCCUGCCCAUCUGUUCGACUCGACAGUUCUUCCAGUGCUCUGUUAUGCAGCGGAGACGUCGAUUCUUCUCAUAAUGUGGCUGGGCCAUCUAUGCUUUGUUUUCGAAAUGUAUUCUGCCGGGUCGCGAAGAUGGGACACCGCUGCGAGAUCUAGGAACUACCCACAAAUCCCUCGAGAGAUGCCUUCUGAAGUUUAA